GUUUUGGAACUUGCCCUUUGCUUUUUGCUCUUCUUGCAUUAGUGUUACAUAAAAUGUGGAUUUGAUUUAUCAUUAAGGAAACUGAAUUGCAGAUUAAGAUUCAGAUAUCAGCUUUAGCAGCAGGGAGAAGUUUCAGAGAAAAUACCCCAAAAAGCUACGAACAGAAGUGAAGAGAGCUCAGAAAUGAGGGUUCCUUUAAAGCUCUUCAGUUUUUCUUUUGGGAUUUUUUUCUUAACCUUUGCACAAGGUCAAGAAAAGAAAGAAUCUUGCACUACACCAAUCAUUAGAAACGGGAAAAUACACAGAGACAGCUCUGAAAAGGAUAUUAUCUAUUAUUCAUGCAAUCUGGGUUAUAAACCAUACUUUGGGAACUGGUGGGGAGCAGCGAUGUGCGCCAAUGGGAUCUGGAUAAAUGAGCCACGAUGCAUCAGGGUGGAUGAAUGCCGUGCUUUCCCCAGCAUUCUACACGGACAGCUGAACAUCGAACAAUCUGUUGUAGAGGUUAAAUGUGAUCCAGGGUUUAAAUCAUCACACACAGUGAUCAUAUGCAUCAAUGGUACAUGGCAGACACCAACCUGUGAAUUGGAUGAGCAGAGUUGUGUCAGUCCCCCUAAAGUUAAUAAUGCACUCAUCAUCUCUAAACCUCAGACAUUGUAUUCAUCUGGAUCCUACGUCAAUUACAAAUGUCUAACAAAUUUCUCUAUGAGCGGGAAUAGUAAAGUUGAAUGCCACGAUGCAAAGUGGGAGAAGGCACCCACAUGUGAAGCUUUGUGUUCAAAGCCUCUUCAGAUAGUGAACAAUGCUAUAUUGAUUGAUCAAAUCCAAAGUCAGAGGAAAUAUUCACAUGGAGACACAGCACACUAUGAGUGUGUUGAGGAUUAUGAAUCUAACGAACAGACGAUUGCUAAGUGUGAUGUACAAACAUGGAUUUACCCAGAAUGCAUUAAAAAAGCUCAGUGUACCAAACCAACAAUAAACUUGCAGUUUGUGACUCUGUUAGAUGAGAAAAAUACAUUCAACAACUUUGAUGUUUUGAGAUACACGUGUAAUAAACCAUAUGAUAAAAUACCAAACGGAACUUUGAUUUGUAAAGCUGGAAAAUGGAACAGCACGUUUGACUGCACAAGCAGCAUUUGUCCUCCACCACCUAUGAUUGAAGAUGGAGACUUUAACAUUGAGCAAAAGACAGGUGAAGUUAUCACUGAAGUAUCAUACCUUUGCCAGUCUUAUUUUGUUCUGGACAAGCCAAACAAUUACAGGUGUCUGGAUGGGAUAUGGGAGACCCCUCCAAAAUGUCUGAAGCCUUGCAAAAUUACACCUGACAUUUAUAAGGAGUACAAUAUAAAACCCAUCCUUGAUGACUACAUAAGGCACAGUGCUGAAGAAGUUAGACUUGAUUGUAAUGAUGGAUGGACUGUUGGAGGUUUCUCUAGACAAUCAUAUUCGAAAGCAUUGUGUUAUGAUGGGGAGCUAAGAAUUGAAAAUAAAUGUACAGAAGAAAACUUCUUUGGAUAAAAUAAACCAAAGAGGAAACACUGAGAUAGAUAUAUCAGUAGAUGAAUGCCAGGGGUGGAUCAUGCAAGAGGAUUUUACCCUCGCUGUUUGGCAAGGACCAAUAUAGCCUGUGAUGUGGAUGAGAUUCUCUGGCCUGACCCAGAACAAAGACGGGGUGUUGAGGAGGAAUAAUUAAAAAAAAAUGUUUUACAGUUGUGCUGUGUAGCACAUGAAUGAAUAAAAAUGUGCUAAUGCA